UUUUAGGGCCGGUAUAUAAAAAAAGGACGCUGUUGCCAUUAGUAACGGAUAUCUCGCGAUAGUCGGAGAAGGGGAAAUCCCGCUCGACGCCCGCGCCAGGAACCAAUAUGGCGGCCUUCAUGAGGGGAGCGCGAGCCCCCUUCUUGCUGCUCAGGCCGGCCUUGGGCAGCGCGGCCGGGCGGCGAGGGGUCCGCGCGCUGAAGAGGAGCCCCGUCCGCGUGCUGCCCUCCGUCGCGGAGACGCGGGAGGAGCAACGACAGGUCGUCCCCGGCCCCCCUCAGCCCAAGGCCGGCCCUUCGAAGAAGCCUCGGGACCAGGCCGGCUGGGAGAGCAAGGCCCCAAAGGCAGCGGCCGCGAAAGAAGAGAAGAAGGGGCCGGAACGCAAAGAAGCGGAACUCUGCUUCCAGAAGGCGCAAUCCGGAGACAAGAGACUUAGCAAAGUGGUGACACUUGCCAAGUCCAGGUCAUUUCGCGAGAGACACGGGAAGAUCCUGCUGGAGGGCAGGCGACUCAUCACCGACGCGCUGGCAGCUGGCGCCGUUCCCCAGACACUCUUCUUCAGUGCCAUAGAGCAUUUGAAGGAACUGCCAGUGGACAAGCUGAAAGGCGUCAGCCUUGUUAAGGUGAAGUUUGAAGACCUCAAGACCUGGUCUGAUGUCAUCACAUCUCAGGGUGUGAUUGGAAUCUUCUCCAGACCAGACCACGCCAAAAUGCCGUACCCAAAAGUCCAGCAAGAACAUGCGCUGCCCCUCUCUCUGAUCUGCGACAACAUCCGCGACCCAGGGAACAUGGGCACCCUCCUGAGAUCAGCUGCUGGAGCAGGCUGCAGCAGGGUGCUGCUUCUAAAAGGCUGCGUCGACGCCUGGGAGCCCAAAGUCCUCCGGGCAGGGAUGGGAGCUCACUUCCGCCUCUCCAUCCUUUCCAACCUAGACUGGGGGGUCCUGCCAAGCUACCUCGUCCCUGACACCUGUGUGCAUGUGGCUGACUGCUCCCAGGCACAGGCACAGGCCACACCGGCAGUGGCACAGAACGCUGCCAGCCAUGGCUGGGUCUCGCGGCCCUACAACCUGAAGGCGAAGCCGGCUCUGCAGGAUUGGGACCGUGAUUUGGAUGGCAGCGAAGACGAGAGGCAAGAAUCGGGCCGGCUGGAAGUCCAGCCUUACUCUGAGCCCUGGAUGGAGGGUCCCGCGACGGCGGUGGUGAUUGGUGGGGAGACCAACGGCGUGAGCACGGAAGCCAGGCAGCUGGCCCAGAGCACUGGGGGGAAGCGGCUGGUCAUCCCAGUGGUCCCUGGCGUGGACAGCUUGAACUGUGCCAUGGCUGCCAGCAUCCUCCUCUUCGAAGGAAAGCGGCAGAUGAAGCUGUCAGAGGCGGGGAGAAACCCCGUUUCCGGGAUCUGGCAGAACUGUUGAGGAAUAGAUGCCGGAGUCUUUCCUGUGGGGGUGUUCAGAGAAACAAACAUUGCCCUUUGGUUUUGGCCCCUCCAUCUUGGAGAGCCAAUUCUCUCUGACUUGGUUGCCGAAGUGAACAGGAAGGGAGGGGGCAACUGUCUCUUAAGAGACUGUAGUUUACAAAAGGCUGUUUGCCAGGAAGGGCUCUCUGGGAGAGGUAAGUGUGAUUGCAAGAAAGCCCAGCAGAAACAUUCAACCCCAUUUUUACACUUUUUCUGCUUCAUUCGGUUGUUUUCCCACAUUGCGUCACUGGGGCUUAUGGGGGCAUGUGUACGUGGAGUGCCUGUGCAUUUGAAUUCCUUCCA